AUGAAUUUUAGUCAUCUUGAUAGUUUCAAAGCUAUUUUUACUCCUGAAGUAAAUAAAUUGAAGGAAAUAUUUGCAAGACAUAAAUAUCCAUUAUGUCUAGCUGGAGGUCCUGUGAGAGAUAUCUUGUUAGGAGUUAUGCCAGAAGAUCUUGAUUUCGCUACCUCUGCCACACCGGAUCAGAUGAAGAAUAUAUUUGCCAUGGAAAAGCUAGUGAUAUUGAUAAAUAAAAAUGGGGAAAGGCAUGGAACGAUAACAGUCAGGAUAAAUGACAAGCAAAAUUUUGAGAUUACUACCUUACGUAUAGACAAAACAAUUGAUGGAAGACAAGCAAAUGUCGAAUUCACAAACAAUUGGGCUUUAGAUGCCAGCAGGAGAGACCUCACUAUAAACUCAAUGUUUCUGGAUUUUGAAGGUACCUUGUACGAUUAUUGUGGUGGGAAGAAGGAUUUAGACGAAAGGAGAAUAGCAUUUGUUGGAGAUGCUCAGACUCGUAUACAGGAGAACUACCUCAGGAUCCUUAGGUACUUACGGUUUUACGGAAAAAUUUCGGACAAGGAGAACAAUCAUGACCCUAAAAUUGUUAAGGCAAUUACUGAAAAUGGGUCAGGCUUAGCUAAUAUAGCUGGAGAAAGAAUAUGGUCCGAACUGAAGAAAAUAUGUGCUGGCAAUUACAUUUACUCACUUCUCAAGCUAAUCUUCGACACCGGAAUGUCUAGGUACAUUGGGUUGCCGGCUGUUGCCAGCGCUGAAUCCCUACGAGAAUUAUACCGUGUUUGUGAGGCCACCAAGGGAUUAAAUCCCAAUCCGAUUACCAUCUUAGCGACGGUGCUCACUAAACAAGACAUAAACGUUCUUGACCAACGUCUCAAGCUUACCAACUCCGAACAGGCUAUACUUAACUUCAUAAUUGAGGAAAGGAGAAUUACCCAAUCUAGAAGUACGAAAUACUACAUCGACUUGAUGAUGGCAUCCCAACCGCCCAGUAAAACAAGGGAAAAAAUUAUCGAAUAUUUGAAAUAUAGCGGCAAAAAAGAUGAACUGAAGGAUUUCCUUACUGCGUCUGUCAAAUAUCAGUAG